GCUGUGAGCACUAACAAUGGUGCUUCACUUCCGGCACAAUGAGGCGAUCAGAUUUUAGCGUCGCCACCACCGAGCAAGGUUGCUGUUACGGUUAGGGAAAUAUCAGUUUUAAAAUAUUCUUACAUGUUUUAGAAGAAGUGUUUGUGGUUUCAGGGUUUAUAACUGCAUGUUUAACUGAGAAAGGCUGUUUUGAUAUCAGCGUCAAACCGGAAGAAACGGGUGAUGGGGGCUGAUGGAGCCCCGAGUCAGUCUGUGCCAUGGCGGAAGGUGCUGUGGGAACGCCAGCCCUUUCCUGAUAACUACGUGGAUCAAAGGUUCCUGGAGGAGCUGCGGAGGAAUGAAGGCAUCCGGGAGUACCGCUACUGGGCUGUAGUGAAAGAAGCAAGUCUUGUAGGACAACAGCUGUCUUGUGUGGCCAUUUUUAUUACCUUCUGGCUGUACAUGGAGCAGGGUCUUCUGGCCCCUGAGACGUUGUUGUGGACCAGCCUUGUCUGUGGCUUGCUGGGUUAUGGACUCUACCAGGCCUUUACCUCUCAAACUGAUUCCUGCAGCGAGACCCGCACACAUCUAGCUGAUUUGCAGAGUGCUGCUCUUUUCCUUUCUUUCACCUUUGGCUUCUCACCGGUCCUUAAAACAUUGACAGAAUCUGUGAGCACAGACACCGUGUAUGCCAUGUCUGCUGUCAUGCUGCUGGCUCACUUGGUGUCGUUCCCCUAUGGCGAGCCCUCACCUCCUGGGAGCCUCUCCCUAAACGCAGCUCUGUUUGCCUCCGUGUGCUUGGCCUCCAGAUUACCUGGUGCUCUGCACACCUUUGCCAUGCUGAGCUGUGCAUUGCUGGUGUUUGCCCUAUGGCCCUGUCUGCUACAGAGGUUGAGGGAGAACUCCCCUCUCCAGUUUACUGGGGUGUGUGUGGGAGUGUGUACGGGAGGAGUCGGAGGUCUGGCGUCCCAGUCGCUGGGCGGAGCUGUGCUUUUAUCCCUAGCUGUAGUGAGUGUCACAUUUCUCUGUCCCUUGCUGCUUGUUUGGUUGCAGAGGCACAAAGACAACAUCCAUGGACCCUGGGAUGAGGCAGAGAUUUGUGAGGACCUCAGCCAUUUCCUACACUAAAGAACUGCAAAGUCAUGCUGCUGCUGACAAAAGCAACAAGUAAGGAGGAGAAUGUUACACGGCAAUCUGUUCUUCUCAUGCAGAUGACAAAUGGAUGAAUCUGCUACUUUUUGUCAGCACUGACCUCAGAACAUGUACGAAACAUGCAGGGCUGACAUACACUCGUGGACUCAGGAUGCUAUGCAACAAUGUGACAUAAGUGCAGUCUUACUAGUCUGUAGGAGAUGAUGUGUUUUAUGGGUGACUGGUGCUGUGUGUAUUUAAAAAUAACCGAGGGCUCUUACUCUUGGGCUGUUUUAAUAAUAAUAUAUUUUUGAUGUAAUUCAACUGAACAAAAAUGACCAAUCUGUUCCCUCGGGUGUAAUGGUGACACAUAACCAGAGGAGUCUUAUUUUGAGAACAUCAAAGCAACACAGCCUUCUGAUGAUCAAGCCAAAUCUGACUGAAAAUGGUGACAUCUGUAUUUUUGCUAACUGCUAAAGUUGUUCUUUUAAAAGCAGAAGAGAGCAGAAACUCUUUUAGUAACAGUUCAACCUGCUCAGAUUCCAUCCCACUGACAUACCUGCUAUUUAAAAUGUUAAUGAGAAUAAAGAUAUUGUAAUAAAAUAUUGUUUUAAAUAAAUUAAAGAUCAACAACUCAA